AUUCAAAAAGAAUAGAAAAUAACGUUAUUAAGUUGCAAAUAUCAGAUAUUUCUGUUGAAGUUUUCGAUAUUCUUAUAAAGUACAUGUAUAGUAGUUUUAUUGACCUUUACGGUAACGAUAUUAAAACAAAUAUCGCACUUUUAAUUGCUGCCGAUGAAUUAUGUCUUAACGGCCUAUGCAAUUUUAUUGAAGAAUAUCUUCUUAGUGACGAAUUAUUAUUGAAACAAAAUUUUAUUCUCAUUCAAAGCGUUUCAAGCGAAUAUAAUCAGUUUAGUAAAUUGGUUCAAUUUUGUGAGCUUAAUUUUGAACUAGACCCCUCCUUAAUCUUUAUGGCAGAAGAUUUUACGACAAUCAAACAAGAAAUCCUCCUUGACGUUUUAGAGAAAAAUAAUCACUCUGAGAAUCCUAUUGAAGUUUGGGAUAGAUUAUUAGAAUGGAGUAUUUCAAAAUCUAACGAUGAAUUAUCAUUCGAUAUUACAAAAUGGACGCAAAAUGAAAUAUCAAUUUUCAGUUCAAUAGUUCAACCAUUUUUACCUCAUGUAGAUUUUAAAAAAAUUAGUCCCGCUGAAUUCUUUCACAAAAUCAAACCACUUAAAAAUAUUUUUGAAGAUGAUUUUUAUAUUAAAAUACUUGAAUAUUAUACUUUUUAUUCACCAUUUACACAACCUCAACUUUCCGAUGAUAAUCAAUCAGUAGAAUGA